AUGAAUGGUAUCUGGGGAACGGAGCAGAGGCAAAGCUACUUCCCCUUCAAGGAGGGGUCCAACACCACGGUAAGUCUACACUGGGGGGGGGGUGGGAAAAAUGUUGGAUGGGGCAGAGAGGCAUCCCUGUUCAUAUUGGACAAACAAGGGGUGAUUUACUAA